AUGUCCCUGCAGUCCGGCGCCCGGACCUCCGAAUCCGUUCUGGUUCCCACUUUAUCAUCGGUGCCGGGUGCCCCACAGAUCCCGGCUGAGACUCAGCCCCGAAGAAACGCCAAGCUCUCCGGAAGACCCGGGUUAUUGUCGCAGCCCAACCAUCAGAUACAGACAAUUUAUGACAUCGUAAAUUGGGCGGCGGAGACAUACGAAGACAAGCCAGCUUUGGGAGCACGAGCACCUGGUGCUGGUAAUGCAAAUGCGGUAAAGAAAUCGCUGAGAAAUUCUCCGUACACCUACACUUCAUACCGAGAUUAUCGAAAACUGGUUCAUGAAGUUGGGUCUGGUUUCCGGGCGGUAGGUCUACAAGAGAUUGACAUGAUCCUCGUCCCACAAUGGCUAUCAAUCGCCCAUGGUGCAUCUUCACAGUCCAUGGUAUUCGUGACAGCCUACGAAGCUCUUGGUCUUGCUGGCCUCGAGCAUUCUCUAGAGUCCACGGGCGCCAAAGCCAUCUUUGUGGAUCACCAUCUCUGUCCGAAGGUCACUUCUGCACUGACAACCAAAGCUCUACCGCGCGUUGAGGUUAUAGUCUAUAACGACCAGCCGGUUGAUACACGUGAGUCAGGCGCUGAGUGGAUCAACGGCUUACUAGAACUCAAGAAGACUCGUCCCGGACUCCAGGUACUGAGCUUUAGCAAGCUAUGCGUGGCCGGCCGGAGCAAGAUGAGCGAGCCUGUUCCACCUCGUAGAGAGGAUUUGUGCGCCAUCUACUAUACUUCUGGAUCUACGGGGAUACCGAAAGGAGUUCCGGUGAAGCACAAGGCUAUUGUAGCGGCGGUUACUGGCCUUGACUCCGUUAUCGGUGACUACCUCUCACCAACCGAUUCUUUCCUUGCGUACCUACCCCUAGCUCAUGUCCUCGAAUUCGCCUUCGAAAAUAGCUGUCUCGUUUGGGGCGUAAAAAUGGGCUAUGGUGGCGCCCGUACGCUAUUCGACCACGCCGCCCCAUCCGGCAAACUCGAAAUGGGGGAUUUGCGCGCAUUCCAGCCCACCUUUAUGAUCGGUGUACCUGCCAUCUGGGAAAGAGUCAGAAAGGCGAUUUUGACCAGCAUCAACAUUGCCAGCUUAGUUGACAGAGUCACCUUCUGGACGUGGCUGAAGGCCAAAGAGCUAUGGUCCGCAACCGGAUUGCCGGGGACAGGUGGCUUCAACUGCGUCAUAUCUUCCGCAGCCGGCAAAGUCGUCGGGUCUAGGCUGCGGUUCGCCAUGUCGGGCGGUGGACCCGUGGCAGACAGCACGCAGCAUUUCUUGACCAUGGUGAUGGCGCCGUUGAUCAGCGGGUAUGGGCUGACCGAGACCAUGGCCAUGGGCGGCCUCAUGGAUCCGGGGCAAUGGCGGCCAGGGUCUAUGUGCAUACCAGCGAGCAUAGAAAUGAAACUGGUCGACUACCCCGAGGCAGGCUACUUCACCAGGAAUAACCCUACGCAAGGAGAGAUUUGGAUACGGGGCGAUAGCGUUAUGGAAGGAUACUAUGACAACCAGGAAGAAUCCAAGAGUGCCAUCGCGCCUGGCGGUUGGCUUCGCACUGGCGACAUUGGGCAGUGGGAGCCCACAUGCAGCGGCGACGACAUCCACUUCAGGAUCAUUGACAGGAAGAAGAACCUCGUCAAAACACUUAAUGGGGAGUACAUCGCACUUGAAAAGCUGGAGUCAAUCUACCGCUCUGCAACGUUCGUAGCCAAUAUCUGCAUUCAUGCAUCUCCCAACCGCGCAAAGCCUUUGGCUAUUGUCAUUCCGUCACCGCCAGCUCUAAAGGAGUUGGCUACAAGACAUGGACUGGAUCCAAGCGCGGAAUUAUCAGUGCUUACGCAAUACUCAGGUGUUGUUAGAGACACUCUCCAGCAGUUGCAGCAAAUCGCGAAGGAGGCUGGCCUCGCCUCAAUCGAGGUGGUUGAGUCGGUUGUCCUUGUCGACGAUCAAGAGUGGACUCCGCAAAAUGGCUUGACAACGGCCGUUGGGAAGCUAAACCGACGAGAAAUCGUGAAUCGCUAUCAGGGGAUCAUUGAUCGCGUCAACAGUGACUGACAGCUGACGGUAGUUUGCUGAAAGGCGAUGAAACAAGCCGAUAGUGAAGUCGAGAAUUGUGAAUCAGCUGCUAAAUAAUGCCCUCAGCACCCCGUUGACAGCUUAUGGCAGUUGCGCAACAACGCUCGCGCUGCGACUUGUUUCUUGGGAGAGUCAGUGAAAGAAAUUAUUAUUUGGUCAAUGAGAAUGUUCGUUCGGGGAGAAAUUACUGAAUUCGAGUUAUUGAAAGGCUUGGGCCCGCGUUGUUGGAGGGCAAUUGCACUAGCGGCCUGACUCAACAGCAUUAUUCCUAGGGCCAAUAACUACC